AUGCUCAAGGACACAGUUACCAAUAAAGGGUGGGCAGUACUCUUGGAGGUGUUUGGUAGUACAGUGGCGAUCCUCAAAGGUGUUCUUAGCGUUAAUGUUGCCGAGGUCGUUGGAGGUGUACUCAGUUUAGGCGAUGCCUUUGAUGAGAAGAAAAUGCAUGAAGAGGCCAACGUUAGAGGUUUUCUUACGUCCAUCGCUCAAGCGGUAGACGUCGGGAACCAGGCGCGAAAGGAUGGCAAGAAGAAGAAGCCGGCGGAGAAACCUAAUGUGACCAACAUUUUGGUCCUGGUACAGCAAAUCGAUUCUGGGAAGUAUUCGCAUCGCGAUCUUGGUAGCAGGCCUAGAGAGAUUGAGUAG